AUGAUGUUUCACAGUGAGAAACACUCCAGAGAACGAGUUUUUGCCCACACCAGUAGUAACACUGACUCAUUAUCAUCAACUUCUACCCAAACUUAUGCAUGGAGCCCAUCUGUUGUUAAACGAGGAUCUUCCUUUGCUUAUAAUGUUUCUUCAUCGUCCAGUGGCAACAUCAACAAUGAUCGCUUAAUUUGUACUGAGAAUACUUUUGCUAAAGAGCAAACAGUAGUUUGGUCAGCAGUAAACAGUGAGUUGAAAAAUCGUCAAAAAAUUGCCAAGGUCCGACCAACUCCACAAGUGCCUUUGUUAAAGAAAAGUUUAACUGCGGUGGCGAUUGGAAGUCCGUUACAAAAUAAAUUGCAUUCUUGUGGAAUGAUUAGUGGAAAUGGCAAUCUAGCGUUGUCAAAAGCCUUCCCUCAGCAAUCGUCAUCAUCUGAGAGUCCUAUUCAUUUACGACAACAUAAUUAUGAUGAUAUGCCUGUUUGCAGCGACAGUGCUUGCGAAAGUUUAACAUCUGAAUAUGCUCAUUUAUCGGAAUCCAUUGAUACGUCAAUUAAAGCAGAUUUAAUUGUGAAAACAGGCUCUUCAAGUCAAGACCAAAAUGGAAAAGAUGAUGAUGAUGUUAGUAUUGCUGGAACAGUCUUCAACGAACCGUGGGAUUCCAAUGUUUGGGAGAAUUUAUUGGAUUUGGCGCAUUAUGGGGAUGAGAAACCAUCCACUCUUACAAGGCACAGCGAUAUGAAUCAAAUAGGCGAAGUGAUUAUUGAAGAAGGUGACGAUGAAGUGAUUUGUUCGCUAGAAAUGAGUUAUAAUGGUGAAGAGGGAAAAAAUUUGCAGAAAUUACAGCCCAUUACUAAUGUGAAUAAUAGUCAAAACAACGGCGACUACGGUGUAGUGAUUCGAAGGUUUGAUAAUCAUCAUCUAAACAGUAACGCAGAGUCAGAUGGUCGACGUAAUGGUAUUAUAAAUAUUAAUGCGCAUUUGAAAAGCGAAGAUAGCUUAGAUAAGCAACAGCAACUUGAAACAAUCUGUAAAUCAGUUACUAGUGGUAGUGGAGAUCCGGAAGCAUCAAAUUCAAUGAUGAACAUAAGUAAUGUUGGAGAAAUGUCGGAUGGGACGACCACCAUGGAUAGCCAUAAAUCAACAAACACACAUUCAUUGCCGCGUAUCCUUCCACGAUAUUCAAAGCUUGAUGAUUCGUGGCUUGAAUCUUUAGAUGACAUUCCAACAAGCAUUCGCGCACUCUCACCCAUUAUCUCACCGCCACGGCUGAAAAAUAGUUUGAGCGCAGAUCCGGGUACAAAGAUUCAAGAAUACGUUGAAAGGCUAUCACAGGAGGAAAACACAGUGUUCGGUGCUACGUUACGCCGUUUUAUUGAAUGCACAUUUGAAGCAGAAGAAUGUGAUCCACAAGUGGUAAUCCGAAAUGUUCGACAGUUUUUAAAUGGUUUGAAAAAUUAUUUGGUAAAGCACGGAGAAGGUGAACUUCAUGAUCUAAUUGAAAAAGAACGCGCGCGGCUGAAUGCUAACGAAUUUUUGAAUAUUGAUGCAAUUUUGGAAGCUGUUUUGCACAAAAUCGUUCUUUGCAAGUUUUUUUUGGUAUAA